GAGGGGGGAAAUUUCUCGACUUUCUGAGCAAUUCAAUUUGGACUUUGAGCAUUCCUGACAGUUUGAGUCUAUUUUUGCGCCUCAAUUCGUGUCACAGGCGCCAAUGUUGCGGAUGACUUCCUGCUGCCGCUUUCCUUCCCCUCUUUCUCACUCCCCAUCGUCAAGUUCUGUCUUUCAUUCUUCAUUUCUCAUAAUUUACCUCGCUUAUCUUUCUCCCCUUCCUUCUCCAUGCCCCUCUUUCGCCGUAAAGCCAAGUUGCCUGCCGCUGUCGCGUCUCCAUUCCGAUCGGUUGAGCAUCUUCCCCCUCGCGUCCAGCAGCACGACCCCGACGAUCGGCCCCGUCGCCUGUCGACGUCUUCCACCACCUCCUCCUCCUCCUCCACCGCCGCCCGCAAUCCUUCUCUGCCUCAGCCUCAGCCUCAUUUCUCCCACGCCUACUCACACCCUCACUUCCAAUCGCACUCCCAGUCGUCUACUCCUUUAACAAACUCAUCUCCCUCGCAACCUCCUCCUCAUUCUGCUGCCCCUCUCCGACGCAGCAAGAGUCACCGCAGUCCCCGCGAGAACCCGCAUCCGUCGUGGCCACUCCCUGACCCGCCUGACGAGCAGGAAGCCCAGGAACCACGCAAAUCUCGACGCAGCCUUUUCUCCUUGCAUUCGUCUGCCACCGCACGCGAUUCACCCGGCCAGGUGCAGCGAAAUCGGUCGGUCAAGAAGCUCUCCGCCGCCGGUCGCCGGAACAAGCAUCAGCGACCGUUGUCUGUCGACACCAGCUCCGACCACCCCGCGACAACCUGGGCACCUGAGCAUGAUCUAGACGCCGCAUACUCCCCACCAUCGUCGCAAGAACAUAUACAUCCGCUCGCUCGGUCGCAGCCGCAACUGCAAUCGUGGUUGCAGCCGCAAUCGCAGUUCGAACCGUCGCAACCACGGUUCGAGCAGACCCCGCAGCCGCCGUCAUCACAAGAUCUGGCGCCCCCUACCCCGUCUCAGGAACAUUUACCGCCUCAGCUACGAUCGGGAGUCCACGCAACUCGCUGGGAGUCACCCCUACAGCGCCCGCCGCAACUGGAGCUACAAACAGAGCCUCGUCCACAUCCUUCUUUAAGAGCAGGCCCACCAGCCUCGUUCCACAUGCCGCAGAAUACGGUGCCAACGCUGGAAACUCGACCGCCCCGCUCCCCGCAGGCCUCAAUUCAACGAUCCAACACCGAUUCAGGAUUGCUGGACCAUCGAGCCCGAUCGUCUCCUAUUGAACCACCCCGUAUCCACGGCGAUCUGGCUCCGGCGCAGCCUCAACUCGAACCCACGGUGGGUGCUCGCCCGCCGUCCAGACAGUCUAUCGGGCCCCCCUCUCCGUUGCGUCAAUUGUCCACCGCACAGCCCGACUCUCCCGGUGGUAUGACGGAACGUCCUUCAGGCGUGCUGCAGGCCAGCAACAACAAUACUCAACCAGCCCCUGGCGCCAGCCACAUCUCGCACGCGUCAAACACCCAGUCAGAUAACGGACAUCGAACCAAUGCCGCUCAGUCUAGUGCCGACGCAGGACGCAGCACCACGAGUACGCGGGAGCCCCGCGACAGCCGCCGAGAAGCCCGCGAUGAGCUUAGCGAGAUUGACGUGCGUGCCUUGGUUCAGAAACAUGACGAGCUCCAGGCCAAAUACUCCAAAGUCAAACGGUACUACUUUGAAAAAGAGGCUCAGGUACAACAUCUUCAGAACACAGUGGCGCACCAACGCAUGGCGGUCUCGCGCACCGUCUUGGAUGACAAUGAGUACGCUAGUCGCUUCUCCCGCCUUGACGGUGCCAUCAAAGACCUUGCUUUUUCCAUCCGCAAAGACUGGGCGCGUCUUCCGACCUGGCUGAUUGGCUACGUUAACGACGAUGCUCACACCACCGGAACCAAAGAGAUGACGGCCAUUGGGCGCGCCGUGAUGAGUCGGUGGCUCGUCGAGGAGGUCUUCGAGCGCUACUUCCACCCCGCCCUCGAACCGACCCUCUCCCGGGCCCUCAAGGACAUCGAGAUGAACCUCCGUCGCCAGCAGGUCCAGGUGACCACGACGACGGACGAAGAUCGCGAGAAUGCCGUCGCUCGCAUCAGCAAUUGGCGCCGGACCACGUUGGACGGCCUACCGGAGCUGCAGGGCGCGCAGGCCGGCGAUUUCCGCUCACAGUUGGUCGAGCGGCUGGUUGGGAGCCUGGUGGCAACCUUGACGGCCUAUUUACACGAGACACAGACCCCCGGCGUAACCAUGGUGCCGGGCCUGGAGAAUGGAGCACGGAUGAUCAUCGAGAACGCGAUCGGCAUAGCGGAGAAAAUUCCCUUUGAAUCGAGAGAUAUCGUGGUUGAAUACGUUCUUCCCGGGACGCCAGUGAACGAAGGAACCAUGCGGGUGGAGACGGGAAUCCCGCCGGUACCACAGCAGCCACAGCAACAACGGUCGACAGGCACAUCACAGGAAGUCGAACGGGGUGUCCCAGCGGCGGCAGCGGCAGAAGCAGUGGCGAACCCUGAUGAGGUAGACAUGGACCGCGAAGUUGCCGCCGGCGGUUUAGCGGCUGGACCACCAGGCUCGGUCGCCCCAACGGCUACUGCUGCUGCUGCUGCUGCUGUUCCACCACCGCCGAGUGCGCCAGGGGUCCCCUUUGACCUCUCCGCUUCAGGAGCUGUCAGAGGUGGUGGCGGUAGUGGCUCCGAGCGAGAAUCCCGGAAACGCUCAAUGUUCAGCUCGUUGAUGGGUCGACGGACGGGCCCAGCUGCUGCUGCUGCUGCUGCUGCUACCGCACCUGCUGCCCCUGCCGGUAGCGCCGGGCUGGCGGGUCCAGGAGCCGGAGCAGGAGCAGGAACGGGCCCGAUCUCUGCUCUCCCGACGGGACCCGGGUCUGUCUCUAACAUCACCAUCCCUGGCACCACUGGUGCUGCUCCUGCUGCGACGGAAGAACGGGAGCGGGCGGCGCGGAUCCGGUUUUCCUCAUUUGUGUUGGCGGAGGUACGGGGUCGGGGGCCGCAGAAUGUGCUGGUCAAGGCGCCUGUAUAUAUUGAGUAGAGUUGUUUAUAUAUGUGUGUGGGAGGGGUUGGGGAUGUUGAGUUGGUUACUGAAGAGAGGCUGGUCCAGUCAGAGAGAGGCAGAGGUAUAGUAUAGGUGGUCCCUGUUUAUGGAUAUCAUGUUAGAAUGUACAGGUGUGAUGAUGACGUGAGCGCGAUGAAUUG